AUGAAUUAUACCCUGUGUAUGAGGUUUGAUAACUUGAGAAAAUUUUUACCCGAUGAAUUAAACAUAUCUACAAAGAAUGAUAUUAAUAGUUUAGGGAAUAUUAAGAAUUAUUGCUCUAAUGGAGAAUCAGGGGGAACAGGAUGUAAGACUAAUCUCGAUAAGAUAAAUGGUGCUUGCCUAUGGUUGUUCGACCAAUUGCUUGUGAAAAAUAAAAAAAAUAUCGACAUGGCUGAAUACAUUAUUAUAUGGUUAAGUUAUAUGCUAAAUCUAAAAAAAGAAAACGAAAUAACCAAAUUAAACGAUUUUUAUAGUAAGUAUAUAGAAAAUAAUAAGCAUUAUACUAAUUGUAAUAAUGAUCGUGGAGAUUGUAGUAAUUUAUUAAAAAAUAAUACAGGAUAUACAAAUUAUAAGGAAAUCAUAGAUAAAAAAAAGGAAUUGCUGAGUAUUAAUUCUGGGGAUAUGUCUAAAUUUUAUGAUGCAUUUAAAUCAUUAUGCAAUAUGUAUACUGAACUUGUUGCAGGAAACUCAAAAUGUGAGAAAUGUUUAGAAAAUGCUAAAAAAUUUGUUAAAACGUAUGAUGAACUUAACAAAAAUCCUAAUAUUACUAAAGAUAGUCCCUAUUAUCAAGUAUUGUCUACAUUAUCAAAUGAUUAUCAUAAUUUUAAAAAUUAUUGUAAUGAUAAUAGCGUUGAUUGUAACGAUAUUCCAUCCCUUUCACCGAUAAACACAACAAAAAAUAGUAUACAAAGUUCUGCACAUAAUGGACAAAGUUUUGAGAAAAUUUCUGAAGUUACAUCAUCAAGUUCGUCGAUAACAAACAAAUUAAUUCCAGUUUUAUCGAUAAUUAUUGCAAUGCCAAUAUUCUUGGGAAUUUUUUAUAAGUAUUCGUUAUUUGGAUUUCGUAAACGAUUUCAAAAACAAAAAUUAAGAGAAAAUAUAAAAAAAUAA